UCUCAUGAAUUAUUCUGCUCGUGUCUUCUAUCAAUGGAGAAUGCAUCACAAAGGUCUUCGACUUCCCAUCUAAAUCUCCCUCCCAAUCUCUCCAUAAACCCUCUCUCAAUACAAACAAUUCCAUCUGUAUCCUCUCACCAUCACCACCAUUCAGAUUCCUCAGCCACACCUUCUAGAACGAUCUACAGCGACCGUUUCAUCCCCAGCAGAUCCUCCUCCAACUUCGCCCUUUUCGACGUCUCACCUCCCUCCAACGCCUCCUCCGCCGAAGGCCGAGAAGAUGGCUCCGGCGCUUACUCAACACUGCUGCGGACCGUCCUCUUUGGCGAUUCAGAUGUCGUCUCUCCGACCACGCCUGACCGGACGCCGGGGAACUGGUCUGGCCGUAGCUCGCCUUCGUCGGGCGGUGGUGUUGGUAACCCGAGCAGGAAUAUCUUCAGGUUCAAGACGGAGACCCGGAGGUCGUCGUAUUCUCUAUCGCCUGUCGGGUUUGAUGGUGCGCUCCCCGGCGUUAUUCCUACCCCACCCAAGACGCCGAGGAAGGUCCCUCGGUCUCCUUACAAGGUUCUCGAUGCGCCUGCAUUGCAAGAUGAUUUUUAUUUGAAUCUCGUUGAUUGGUCUUCGCAUAAUGUGCUUGCUGUGGGCCUGGGUAAUUGUGUUUAUCUUUGGAAUGCUUGCAGUAGUAAGGUGACGAAGUUAUGUGACUUGGGAAUGGACGAUAGUGUUUGUUCCGUGGGGUGGGCGCAGCGAGGUACACACCUAGCUGUUGGAACGAAUUUAGGAAAAGUCCAGAUAUGGGAUGCAUCUCGCUGUAGGAGGGUAAGGACUAUGGAGGGCCACCGUAUGCGGGUUGGGGCUCUUGCCUGGAGUUCAUCCCUAUUGUCAUCUGGUAGUAGGGACAAGACAAUUCUUCAACGUGACAUAAGAGCUCAGGAGGAUUCUGUUAGCAAACUCAUGGGGCACAAGUCAGAGGUAUGUGGGCUAAAGUGGUCUUAUGAUAAUCGUGAACUAGCAUCUGGGGGAAAUGAUAAUAGACUUUUUGUUUGGAAUCAACAUUCAACGCAACCCAUACUAAAAUACUGUGAGCACACAGCAGCUGUCAAAGCUAUUGCUUGGUCCCCUCAUCUCCAUGGGCUUCUUGCGUCUGGUGGUGGUACAGCAGACCGAUGCAUUCGUUUUUGGAACACAACCUCAAAUUCACAUUUGAGUUGUGUUGACACCGGCAGUCAGGUGUGCAACCUCAUGUGGUCCAAGAAUGUCAAUGAGCUCGUCAGCACCCAUGGCUACUCUCAAAACCAAAUAAUUGUUUGGAGAUAUCCAACCAUGUCUAAGUUGGCGACACUUACUGGCCAUACAUACAGAGUUCUAUAUCUUGCUAUCUCACCUGAUGGGCAGACAAUUGUCACAGGUGCAGGAGAUGAAACACUUCGGUUUUGGAAUGUGUUCCCUUCUCCAAAAUCUCAGAAUACUGAUAGCGACAUUGGAGCCUCAUCUCUUGGGAGAACACAAAUUCGGUGACCUCAGCCACGCAGACAUGUAGUUAGCGACACGAUGAAUUCCCUGGUGUAAAUUAAGUGCGAGGAGAAAGGCUCAAUGAUUCUGUUGCAACCCUGUCUAUCCUUCAAUCAGAGAGUCAUUGUCUUAGACUAAAAAAAUGGCGGAAAUCGGAAAAUGUGGGGAAGAGAAACGAACCUCUUCUCAUAUAUGGGAUUCUUGCAGAUUGCAAGUUCCUUCAUUUAGGAAAAGAAAAAAGAAAAUAUUUUAGUUCUCUAAAGAGAUUUAUUGGAUGGUGGGAGCUGUUAUGGGUCUGGCUGCCCCAUUGCCUUGUAUUAUUAUGGGGGUAGAGAGAGAGAGAGAGAGAGAGAGAGAGAGAGAGAGAGAGAGAGAGAGAAAUGGUAGGUUGUCAUGAAAGAAACAUUCUGGUGUAACAUGUUCACUCACAGUUUUGUAUAGAAAUGUUAAAAAAGAGAAAAAAUCUCCACAACAAAUGCUACUAUUGCUAUGGUGCCAUGAAUUUUGUUUUUUAAA